UUUUUCUGGUUCUUCUGACAGAUAGAACUUCACCCUUUGACACAACAAAAGCUUAUCCCAUUAACCCAAAAUGGAGGACCUUAAGAUCAUUUUUAAAGUUCCUUCCUUGUAGUCAGCUGCUCUCAUUGUAUAGUCUUAAUAACGAUUGUGAGAGGGGAGAAAUGGAAGCCGAUCCUUUAAAAAACAAAGACUGUGUAUCUCAGUGGGUUGCUGAGGCUCCACCAGGAUGCACUUUGGCUUCUGCUAGCAAAACUGACAACAAAGUGGACUCCUCUUUAGAUCUGAACUGGGCAAACAGCAAAAAUAGAGCCUUCUGUGAACAGUUUACAUCCCUGCACACCUCUGCAAACAGCAAUAUUCUGGGAGGAGACAUUGCCUUAUCAGGUAACAUGGUUCACUCACAAACCUUUCAGGAAACAAAGCCACUCAAUGACUUGGCUACCUCUGAUCGUCUUCCUCAUGUACUGCCAACAAAUCACACUGGAGUAUUUCCUGCCUCUCCAAAUAAUGAAUUUUUGGGAAUUUCAUGUCCUUCUACUGCUGCUUCUCCUCCUUUGGUAUCUCAGGAAGCCAUGUUCGUUCAAAACAGGGAACGGAAUCCAGUGCAGCAGGAACAGCUAUUGAUACGCCAGAUGGAGCACCUGCAGAGGAUGGUAACUGAGCAGCAGAAAAUAAUUUCAUUCUAUAGCCCAGCGUCUUGCCUUGAAACCUUGCCAGCUAUUGAAGAAGAGCAGGAGGAACAACAAAUUGAUGGAGACAUAGCCUUUGGAAUAAACACAAAGACUAGAAAAGUGGAUGACAGACCUUUCAGCCCUGAAACUGGUGUGAGUCAGAAAAUGUCUGACAAGUUUGUUGAGAAACAACUUAAAGUAAAUUCACAAAGAACAGAGAAGAAACAGAAGAACUCCUGUGAGACUAAAGUGGCUGCUCAGAAGCUAUUCCUGAAACAUAACGGAGGCAUGGAAAGGCUUCGGAAAAAUAAAGAGAACCCUGGCAAACAGCAAGCCAAUCCUCUCAGAAGAGUCAGCUUUGAUUGCCAGAAUCCCUUUGCAUGGCGUGCCCACUGUGACACUGAAAAAAUAUUGGGAAAACACCCACAACUAAAAAGGCAGGUCAGUAGUCCUACAAUGCUACUCAUGGAUGACAAAAAUACAAAUUAUAUCACUUCCAAGGAUGUAAAAUGUCAAUUUAAUAGUCUGGAGCAAAGACCAGAAGAAAGAGAAGGAAGCAGUAACACUGGUGGUUAUGAAGGUGAAGAAAUGGUAAACAAAAAAGAGCCUGAUGUACGAUCUCUAAUGAACUGCACGGAAUGUCUCCAGGAAUGUCAUGAACAAAUAAAUGAAAUCAAGGCAAAAGAAAAUGAUAAAACUGAUAUGUCAUGUCUUUGUUCCCAAGACCAUAUAGAUGGAGAUAACAGUAGAUCCGUAGACACUAAAGUUACUGUGUGGCAUAAGGAGAAUUUGGAGGACAGUGAAUCACAGGUAGCAGGUUGGCCCACAGAAGCUUCACGGAAUACCUCUGAGGUCUUGAACCUGAAAGAAAAUCAAACUGAUCUUGUUAAUCAGAACUCCAGGCUCCAAAUUGUUCAAACUGUGAAUGACAGAAGUGCAGAGAUCAAAAUAGAAAGUGGCCCUGCAUUUAAGAAGGUCAGUGACCAAAUAGUAAAAGUUACAUCUACAGCCAUAAUGGCUAAUUCUCAGAGGAAGCAACAUCACGGUGCAGGUGCUGCUGGCAGAUGGAGAAGAAGUCCCCCUUCUAAUGAUUCAGUCUUCACAUCUACUGAUAGUGAUGAUGAACCCAAGUCUCAUUGGUCUCAGUACCCUGUAAGGCCCAACACCCACAGAGCAACUAACACAGGUCAAAACUUGGAUCUUUCUGAUGGUGACUAUGCUACUGAUGAGCCCAGUGGACCUGAAGAUAGAAAAUACCCUGCCAAGAAGUCUGAAGUUCAAGAGUUAGCAGGUCAACAGGAAGCCUCCCUCAUCACAGGAAGCAGUGGUGAUCCUAGUGCUGGAGUUGGCAGCCUGAAAGGUAGAAAGAUUCACUCUCCUCUUAGGAAGUCUCCCUUCCAUUCCUCAAAAACUGCAAAGGAUGGAAGAGAACCUGAGACAUGGAGGAAAGGCAGUGCCAGCCACAGUACAGAAUGCAGUUUGCAGCCCCUUUCUUUGACAAGGGAUCUUAUGGCUAGCCUCUUCCCCGCUUUCAAGACCAAAGCAAGUGUAGAAGAUGAGAAAGCUGCACUAGAGCAAGUUAAAGAAAGACCCUCUGACAAGUUGGAGGAAUGGCAAGGAGAUGUUCAAGUACAGCACCAAGAAACCUCUCUCCUAGCUCAGAUGAAAGAAGAACAAGCAAAAGCAAUGGCUUUUCUCAGAAGACAAAUAAACCAGCUUGAGGUCACUCAGCCCCAAACAUUACAUUAUCUGGAAGAAGGCAAGAGUGAGGAAGCAGUGGAACCACAGAAAAAAAAUGAAGGGUGUAAGAAACACCUAGUUAAAGAGGAGAGAGAAUCAGCAGAAAUAAAAAUGCUAAGGCAACAAAUAUCAGGGCUACAGGAGGAGAUUAGGAGAAAUGAGUCUCACUGGCAUGCUGCCCAUGGUGAGCUGAGAAGUCAAGUGGAGGCUCUGACCAAACAGAACCUGCAGCUUCAAGAUGAGCUCAGAGUUUCCAAGCAUCAGAGGAUGGAGGCCAAAAGAAGACAAGAACCUCUGGUUUCUAUUGAAAGAGAAGCUGAAGUGCUGGCAACAAGAAGUUCACUUAAAAGGUCUGAAUCAUUGAAAUCUACAUCAGGAACACACAGAGAGAAGAGCCCACCUAAAACUCUUCAUACCCAAAAUGUGACACCUACAGAUACCCAUGCCAUAUGUGUCCUGCAGCCUGGAUUCAAGAAGUUUAUGGCAUAG